AUGGUGAGAUUUAAGGAAUAGGCUUUUUCAUUAUUUAACCUAAUAGGAGAACGAACAGCGUUGACAAAACUUGGAUCGGACCGGUUUGGAUCACGAAUCUGAUCACAGAUCGGAUCACGGAUCGGAUAACAGAUCGGAUCACGUGUUUAUUUUUCAUUUCCCUCGCGGCCUCACAACUUGCUCAGGCGCUCCCCGGGAAACAAAACUGCUAUCCACGUACACUAGUAAUUACAACUUCGCAUGUAAAAUUGCCUAUUUAAUAAACAAUAAAUCCUAAAGCAAGCUCGAGUUAAUGCUUCAAUAGCGUCUAGUUUGUUUUGUUUUGCUUUGCUGUUUUGGCUUUCGGAAAAAAGUUAAUUUUCAAGGAUUAUCAUCCCUUUUAAACGAAUUAAUAUUCCAUGCUUUACAUAUUUGUAACAAAGGAAUUUCAGAGGAAAGGAAGUAGUUUGAUAAUCGACCAGCACAAGUUACCACUGCCAGUGUAUGCAAGAUACUUCCGAUUUCAUCCAACCCAGCGUCACAAGCACAACUGCCUCAGAGUUGAGAUUUACAAAGAAAAAAGUGAGUGAAUAAUGUAGAGUUACUCAAAAUACCAAUACCGUUUUUCCAAAAUCAUGAAUACAAACAGGUAGCUUGGCAAGAAGCGGGAACCUAAAUGUUUUAAACUUCAGCAUAUGCUAUUACAUCAUCACUAAAAUUAUGGUAACAAAAGACAACGAGAACUGAUAACGUCCCAUUCAAAAUUUGCAGUCAAACUUCGAGAUAAUUCCAAAAAAAAUCAUUAAGGAGGCGCGAUUGUAAUCUGAAAAGGUGUUUUAAAAACAGUUAAACAUACAACAGUUUGUAUUUGAUGGAAUCUAGAGUUUCCAGUAACUGCGCCCGUAAUAUUUACAGGCUUUCAACCCCUGAAAAAGAGGUCAACCGAAAAGAAAACAUCGUGGGAAAGAUUGCCAAAUGGCGAAAGAUUCGAAAGUCAACGCAUGCUCAGACACGAUCUUGGCGAAGUUCUGUAACCAUUAAGUAAAGUUUUGGAACAAAGAAAAUAGAGAUCUUUCGAGUAAGAUUUAUCAGGUUUCAUGCGGUGGAAUUUCCUAAGAUUUACUGUACCGUUAAACAUAUUUGUGCCCUACCUCGUGCCUUUUAUAAAAAAAAAAAACAUGACUAAAUUUGAGAUGGAGGAAGAAAACACAAAAUUUCAAAUAGCGUAGAAACUGCCUUCAUAACCCCUAUUUUUUUCGGCUUUUAAAUGAUCACAAGACAAUUUUCACAAAUUGUGAAAAUUUUGAGAGAUUUCACUGGAGCAAAUUGAAGAAAAUCAGAGGCAAAGCCAAAUUAUCGCUGACGAGCGCCUGCCUUCGUGAAGCCUUACCUUAAUAACGAAAACCAUUUGAUAAUAUUCACUACAGCAAACGAGUCCCAAACGUGCCCAUUGCCUUUAGUUGGCAUUUUAGUGAACUUGAAAAGCGAGAACAUAAAAAUUUUCCAUAAAAACAUUACGCUGGCGCGCGCGCCAACAUUGAGCAAAAACCCCAUGGAGCCUCCUUAAACUCAAAAAACAAAAGCGAUGUGAGCAAAUUUACAGUCGAACUCCCAUAAGACCUCUUAAAAAGAGAUAAUCAUUAUGAUGGCGAGGAGAGGCCUCUCUAGAAAUUAUUUUAAAAGAGAAUUGGUGGACGCAUUACUUCUUUUAAAAGGUCAAAGUUCAAAAUGUGAGUCGCAUGCAGAAUCAAAACCAUAUUGUCAUCAUACACUGUUUAUUCUUACCGAGUUCUUGAUAUAAGUAGAAUAUAAAGACAACUUUCAUCGAGUAGCUGAACGACUACGAGAACUUUUAAUAGAGGUUUGACUGCAUCAGCUUUUCGAUAACCGUUGUAUAAUGCUUCCAUAGUCACAGUCCCAUUCUGUCAGCAUAUGGAGUUAGGAGUUGCCAAUGGAUACAUCCUGGAUAGAGACAUCAGUUCGUCCUCUGUCCUAAAUACCAACACACCUGCUAAGAAUGGUCGAUUGAACUACACUGGAAGAUCAUCAUGGUGUGCAGCAACAAAUGAUAGUCAGCCAUAUCUACAGUUUGACUUUGAGAAGCUUUAUAUCAUCUGUGCUGUGUCAACCCAGGGAAAUUCCCAAGGGGAUCAGUGGGUGAAAAAGUACACACUGCAGUCAUCCAACGAUGGGACCACUUGGACAGACUAUCACGAGGCGGGAAUUUUAAAGGUUUGUCAAUUUCGGGUUUCUGAAAAAUAAUCAGCUGGUACUUAUAAGACCUUGUAACAUCAACUGUCGUUAUUAGGAUACGAUAAAAAAGGUGUCUAAGUUAACUUAGCCUAACAUUUCUGCGGAAGCAUGAUGUGGCUAAAACAAUCGUAUACUGAGCAUAUGCAUUUCAGAACCAAACUCUAAUAAUUUUAACAACUAAUUAUUUACAAUGAGGGUCGGAAUCCAAGAUUAACAUAAGCAAUCUUAACAGUAAAUCUGUUAAAAAUCCUCUCGCCGCCAAAUUUGGCAAAAGAAGCUGAAAUAAAUUCUUGGAUAGGUUGAAUCUUUUAAACAGAACGCAAAUUGAAAUAUGACUUCUUCCUUAUUAUAAUUAUUAAAAACGAGAGAUUCAGUCGAAAAAACCUGCACUUGGUCUUUAAAAGAGAUCCUUCAGAUGAAGGAAAAAUCUGCAGGAGUUUGCUUGGGUUCGCUUUCAAGAGGUAUACGUUAAAUUUUGCUAGUCAGUGAUGAUGUAUGCUAUGAGGGGUCCCAAUAGGUUUUCGGGAUCCGGGUGUGACGGUGUGUUAGGACAUUAAUAUACCAAAGGUUCCAAACCUCGAUAUUUUAUUACAAUAAAUAACGGAUGAAGGUUAUGACAAAAACCACGGAUAUGGAUCGGAGAUUCGAAAUCUGUAAAGUAAUGCGUUAACAAAUUAGUUUCAGUUCAUAUCGAUAAUAUCAAAAGAAAUCAAGGUAAAUAUUUACCCAUUGGUUCUAGGUGUCCAUAACACUGUCUAGCGAUAGAAAAUCUUAACAAUUAUAUCUGUUACGUCAUCAAAUUAUAAUGCGCAAAGAAAUUAGAAUUUUGCGCAAUACACCGGGAUUGGGCUUAUUUGAAGGCCAGGAUCCGGGUAUUAGAGUAAGAAGCUUAAGGGAGCGAAGUGCGGGAUUGUUGCUAUGAACGGGACACUGGAAUCAACAAUUGAGAGGCGGGAUUCGGAAACCAUCACUUAAACCUACAGAGAACUAGGAAGUUCGUUGACGAGAAUUUUUAAAGAAAUUGAUCUACGUGAAGUCCGAAAAAGCCCAGCUUCCCACGCAGCCGUUUUUAUGGAAUCGUACUUCAUUUCUUCCCGCAAACUCGUUUAACCUAAUGAGUCGUAUGACAAUAGAUGUGCCGAGUACUCGCUCGGUUGUGCAUUUAUUACCAAUAUCCACUUUGCACGGUGUUAAUUUGCGCAAGAAACUUUGGAAAUGCAAAGAGGACAACCUGGUGGGUGGCGUAUUAUUUUACAAAUCCAAAGUCUUGGUAUCCUGCACACAAACGUGCCAUGAUCCUGUCGGCCAUACCAGUAUUCAAAUUCUAUCACCUGUACCGAUAGCACCAUAGCACAAACAGAAGAUGAGGGACUGAGCACAAACAUUUGGUGUUGCGAUGCAUCAGAUGUAAAAAGUUGGAACUCUCCUGUCGUACCUCGAUCAGAGAAAAAUUCAGCUGGGUGAACCACUCAGCUUCGAACUCUCUGACCUAGAGGAGCAGCAAAAAAAAAAACAAAAAGGAAAAUGAGAUAUUAAAGUACGAUUCCCCAGCAGUGAUGAAGAAUCUAAUGAGUCAUUUCCGGACGACGAGACCGCAUGUGAUGAUGGUCACUCUAUCUUUGGAGCGAGAGACUCGUUUUCUCCCUGGAAGAUUUUUUCUGCUUCGGAAGAAGUACUCGCUUCAACAGCAGAAUUUUUCUUUAUUUCCCAUGUUAUGGAACCAACGGGAUUGCCGUCAUCUUUUUUCGUUUUAUGCACUUGUUGACAUUGUUGUUCGUUUUUUUGAUACUACUCUUUACUAUUAUGUUUAUUCGUGAUCGAAGUUAAACCGAAGGAAGUAGUUACCAUGACUAGUCUACGUUAUUCGAGAAAAACUUAGAAAACUUCUUAAAUGAACGAUAUCGUUUGUGUGAAAAAAGUUAAACUUACGCCUUACGGUGAGCAAAGACUUCAAUGGAUCAAUACUGGUUUUGAAAAUCACCAGCCAUUGAAAAGGUCCUUUUAAGUUGAGGAAUGAACCAAAAAACAAAAAUUUACGAUCGGGAUCGGGACCGGCCGGUAUGAACGGUCAGGAAUACAGGAUUGAGAUUAAAUUUAAGUCGGGAUCACGGGAUUGAAGAAUCUUAUUGGAGACUCUCUGAUAUUUCUUACAUUUUCAGAUCUUUCCUGGAAAUUUUGACCGAAACACAAUAGUAACAAAACAUUUGUGCAGCGGGAUUGUGGCAAGACAUUUGCGCAUCAUUGCUCACGACCACCACGACCACUGUUGCAUGAGGAUUGAGAUAUUUGGAAUACCACUGGCACGGGGUAAAUUGUACUCUAUAUUCAUAUCGGCUGGAUUUGCUCGGUUAAUACUCCGUACUACAAUCAGAAAAGAAACCAUACCUUUUCAUCCUACGUUGAUAUCCCUAUGAGUUUAGAAAUACGUUGUUUAGUAAAGUUGAUUAACCAAUAAACGAUUCUGUCUUUUAACAUGUUUAUAUCUGCUUAAAAUUAUGCACAGGAAAUGCAACUCACGUAAAAUGACUUUUUAGAAAUGAGAAUGUUUUCAUCCCACUAGUAUAACGGUUACCGAAAAGAUUUCCUUCUUGUAAUAAAACUGAUUUUCUGAAGAUUUCAUUACUUUGAUCUGUUUGGCAAAAUAGCAUCUAGAGUGUGCAAAAUAUUUACCGUGUAGAUUGGUGAGGACAGUAUCGACUUAACUGUAAAAGAGGAUCGUAACACUAAGCUUCUUUUUAGCACUUUGGGAAAUGUAAUUAUAAUUCUGCAUUGUUCAGAAAAUCUGGCCCAAGAAAAACCCACGGAUCAGUCAAGUUUGCACGACUUCCAAUACGCAAGUAUUGCUGUUAAUGGGGAAAAAUUGAAUAUACACUGUACACACACAAGGGCGUCUACCAAACCUUGGUGGAAAGUCGACCUUGAGCAAGUGGUGCCUGUUUCAGAGGUUUUCAUUCUCAAUAGAGGAGACUGUUGUGGAGAAAGAUUAAAUGGUGCUGAGAUAAGAGUUGGUGAGUACUUAUAAGAAAAUUGCAGCUGGAUUGAUACUUUCUUUGUAAAUGAUAGCUCAGGAGUACUUGUCUUUUUCAGUCGUCCUUAAUUUCUCGGUUCUCUCAUAAAACAUUCUACUUACAUCAAAUUCACUUCAAUCUAGGUAACUCUGGCCGUCUGAUUGACAGUAACUCUGUUCUGCAUUUCGAUCUUUGAUUCUCACUCAAACAUUAUCACUCCUCUACUCUCGGCCGGCACUGACUUCUACUCCUCACUGACUACUUAUUAAACACUAAAGCACAUGCUUAUAUGUUCGCUAUCGAAAGGCACGAAUAGGCACGCUGGCCAACUGACCUUGGAAGAUCAAACGUUAGUUUUUAGAACACUAAUCGAAACAAUUUUACACAAAUCUCACAAAUGAACAACAACACAACACCGCAUUUAAUGCUUCCGGUCAAUCGAAUCGAUCUUCGACUGCGAAAGCAAAAUAAGAACUUCCGUGUGGGUUUAAAGCAAGAUCACACGACAAACUAAGCUCAUCCACUCAGUGAAGUUAAAAAAGACAAUCACAAUUUGGAACUGAACUCGUCGUGAUAGCUUAUACCUAAAGAACUUCGAACUUUGAAUUCCGAUAUAGUAACCACAUGCCAAAUAUAAACGAAUGACUAAAUCAUACUGAACUAAUUAAAUAUUUCAUAACACCUUGUAUCUAAUGAAUUUUUAAUUGGGCACUGAUCACUGUUUAUGUUUUAUAUUGUUACUUUGAGGAAAUGAAACUACAGAGGAAGGAGCAAAGAACAGCUUUUGUGCCGGUGGUCUAAGCAUCCCUACGGGAAGGGGAAACUUUAUCCGAUGUCAUAUGACGCUGUAUGGCAGGCAUUUAUUCAUUAGGUUACCUGGAUCAUCAAAAAUAUUGACUCUUUGUAAAGUUGAGGUUUACUCCACAGUUGUAUCAAGUAAGGUCAUUUGCAUUUUACUUCGCGUAACAUAAAUCAAUAUCUUGGAGAUUUGUCAUAAAAUUCCUAAAAAAUUUUAUGAAAAAUUGGGGUGAGAUCUAAUUUUAAGUAGUUUAGUUAGUAUCUAGAGUUCACAUUUUAUUACCUCUCACAUAUUAUUACUUCUCCUACCCAUUUUUAUAAUCGUUUACAAGAUCCCAUGAACGUUGUAGAAAUAAAUAUGGGAGAGAGGAAUUAAGCAAAGGAAAUUAAAGUGCCUAUAACACGAAAUUUUUUUGCGUAGAUAUUUAGCUUAUCAUAUGUAUAAACCAGUUCCGAUAAAAAAAAAAAAUUCAAAAAACUUAAAACUCGGUUUUUCCGGGCCCUAAAGUGCUCUUAUUUUGUCUUAAAAGUGUCUCGUGGACUUGUAACGAAUUAACCGGUGAUGACGUAGAAAACUGGGAAAACUGUCAGCUGACACUAACAAAUCUCUCACAUCUCUUGUGAUUUUGUAUCAAUCAGCGUCGAAAAACUCUUGAAAAAUUAUCCGAGAGCGAUAUCUCUUUACCUUCAGCAAGUUCUACCAAGAGUUUUGAUACAUCGAAGAAGAAAUGGAAGUUGCAAGUACGGUUCAGCCCUACAAAGGAGAGCCGCGUGCAUCAACGAAGAUUUCGUCGAAGAGUGUCAAAGACGGUUUGUCGCUUGCGGUAUUCAGGUCAAGAUUAUAACAAAAACCACCGUUACUGAACGUUUAGUUUGUUUCGUUUGUGUUAUGUUUUCUAUGGAAAAAUCUAUUUUAAGAAUGGAUGGCUGUGUUCGUUUCUGUUGCCAUAACAUUUUAUUCCUUCGCACUAAGUGCGGCGAAGGUUCCCCUUAGUCAGUGCUCUAGAGUUUCGUUUCCGUUGAGUAAAUCCCUUACCAAAACAAAAGCUUACUUUUGACGAAAGAAAAUCAGCUGUAUCACGCAGCACGAUGAUUUUUCGCCGAGAAGUCAUCUGAUUCAAGUUACUCUCAAUAGGGAUUUUAAUACAGAAAAACUUCUAGAGUUAAAGUGAAGUAGUGCGGCACUGCCUUAUGACCCAUUCCGCUCGAUGGCAAAUAAAUGACAUCGUGUAUUGUAAGUGAAUAUUUCCUACGAAUUGACUUUCACACAGCAAUUGGAUUCGCUACCAUCUAAUUCAAUGAAAUAUGCGUUUCUUUAUCUAUCUCAUUGCAGUGCUCUCAUCACAAUGACAUUGCUACUGUUGCUACUUUUGAUAAAAUUUCCUCAAUGUCGACGAUCGAAACGCGUCCAUUUUGACCAUACAGCUACAUCCUUUGGAAAAGGAGUGCAUAGAAAUAUCCGGAAUAUGUCUUUUAUUCUUGGAGCUAAAAUCAUUUGGCGCUCCGGCCACGCAAUACGUUCGUCCUUUCUUCUAGAUAUUUUCUUUCUCUGCCAUAGUUACCGACGUGUCUUCACAGUUUUCUACGUCAUACACACUUUUUGGCCGCCAAAUCGUACUUUCAAUGCACAAAACAAAUGGUCAAGGAGAACUCGCUAGGCGCUAGGGUCGGUUAUUUCUUAUUUUAAAUACAGCUAUCAACUAGAAGAUGCAAAAAAAAAAAACAAAACAAAAAUAAUCGCGACAUGGGCACUUUAAGGAUACUUCUGGUGUUUCACAAAUUUUGAGUUUGAGAUUUUCUUCCUCGGGGACCACACAGAUUGGUGUCAGCGCAACAUAAUUCAAUUAUCUGGUUUGGAGCACAGAGGUUAAGUUCCUCGAGAGCAAAAUAAAACAAGACAUAUGUAUGUUUUUACCACGAGUUGCUUUUUUAUGAUAGACCUUGCCUGGCAUAAAUCUGCUAACCAGUCUUCUACAUGGCAUCAGAACCAUAUGGCCGACAAAGCAAUAGACGAAGAUAUUUUUUCGUGUGCUGAAACCCGUUUCCAGCAGAACCCCUGGUGGAGAGUGGACUUAGGAGUAUCGCAAAUCAUAUCUAUGGUCAUCCUUAAUUACCGAUUGCCGAGAAACUCUAAAAUGGAAGAAUUUCAAGUCUGGAUUGGUGAGUUCAGGGAAUUGUGAAGUUAAAUCAUGGUAUCAUUAAAAUCAUAAUCAUGAAAGGCCGAGAAAAAUAGGCCCUUCGGCAAUUAUUGUACUUGUAAACCCGAGGAGAAUUCACAUUGCAAAAAGAAAAGGAGGAACCUAAACUACUUUCGUUUUUCGGGACCGUUUGUAUUUUUUUCACACAAAAAUAAAAGAAAGGGAAAUACAUCUAAAACUGAACCCUUCAAAUUCCUGAUAAACUAGAAAGUCAUUUAGUACCCGAGACACAAGAGGCAAACAAGUCACAGGUUCAGCAGUGACUGUGUAUCCUGUCUUCUUGUCUAACAGAUUAUGACGGUGUCAAGAAAGGAAGUUCACACUUGCGUUGUAGAGGCCAACGGACUUACGAAGACACUGUGAAUGGGCCACGACUGACCGUAUAUUGUCUUCCUAAACUUGUUGGUAAAUUCGUUUAUAUUGUCAUUCAAGCUCCUGGAGUCAGGAAACUCGCCAUAUGCGAAGUGCAGGUCUAUUCUGAGAAGCAAACAAGCACUGGUAAGCGGCUUUUUCAACUUGGGAAUGGAACCUGAAUAAUUGUACCGUGAUUAUUCAUUAUUCCUGUGAUAUUUUUUCUGCUUUAUUUUCUUAAUUUUUGAUUUGAUACAUUUUGUGAUGAUUUAAUGAUAUUUCAUAAACUUAGGAACUAUCCACUUUGACUGUUUUUACAACCCAACUGUUGUUUAUUUAAAGUAUAUGUUUAUACAUUUAUACUAUGGCACGACAAAAACAAAACUACCAGAGAGUUCGAUAGGGAACAUAAAACUGCCAUAAUGUUCAGAGAACGCAAACUUGAGGCCUGGCUCAGCCAAAUGAUAGAAUAACGAGCUAUCCCGCCCUACACAAGGAAAAAAAGUAUGGAAACUUUGGAUACGUCAUGGCCAUGCCAUGGUCAAAGGUAAAAUACUCAGGCAUAGCAACAAAUGACAGCUAUUGUGGAAGAAAUUCAUGGACGACAUGUUCUCGUGGAAACUCACUAGACCGACAAAGAGCAAUUAAACAAUUUUCUGACGAGAAAACCAAAAAAAAAAGAAAUAAAACAAAAAACGGCUGUAAUGUCAAAAACAUGUUAUAUUUUUGGACGCAGAAGUGCGAAAAGAUGAACGCUAGUUUCACCAAAGAAUCUAUUCUUGAAAGAGAAGCAAAUUGCGGAAAUUCUGCUCUAGCUAAGAGUCACACAGGCCCAUCAGCAUACUUUAACAAACUUUUAUAAGGUUUUAUCUUUGUAACAUUUUUAAUCGAGUUUAUAACACUCAUCAUUUGACGCUGGCAGUGCUCGUUGGAAUAUGAAGCAAAUCCUCUAUUCUGAUUGGCUACCCGAGUGGGCAAGAUGGGCGCAUCUUACCCGCUCGGGAUUGCCCGUUCUGGAGUUCUGAUUACAAAGAUUCACUAAGACUACAAAGAUGCACAAUUGAUAAAUACUGAUUUAAGUUGUUAAAAGGAAAUUGGAGAGGGACAAUAAAAGGUCAAAUCGAGGGUGUUUCGGAAAAAGAACUCAGAGUCAAACAAUGUUUAUGUGACUCUCCCCUCAUUUCCUUGUACUAGGUAGAACCUUUCUUCAAAAUUUAUCUUGGAGAGAUAGGUUCGGUGACCAUUAUAGAAUACUGUCUGCUUUUUGGAGGAAGCUUUUAUAGAGGUUUGACUUUGCAAAGUUUCUUUUAAUUUGUUCUUUCUAUUCAUUUUUCUGAAGCGUGUCAGGCACAAGCAGUUGAGGUGGCCAACCCUUACUUCUUCUCAGACAAAAGUUUCUCAGCCUCAUCAUCUCGUGGUGAUAAUAAACCUUACAAAGCACGACUUAAGAGUAGUUCGGGUGCCUGGUCACCCAGCAAUGCCGAAAAUGCUGAUGAUUACCUGGAAAUUAACUUGGGAGACGUGUACUUCAUUUGUGCUGUAGCUACUCAAGGACAUCCAAAUGAAGAUGCCUGGACCAAAAGUUAUGAGUUGUAUUUGUUUCUCGAAUAUUGGAUCAGAUAUAAAGAGAAUAACACGAAAAAGGUUUGAAAGAAAGUUAUGAUAACAUUCCAAUGUUCCCUAAGUAAAAUAAGAACCUCCAAUCUCCCGGCGACUGGUCUUAGGAGAUAAUGUUUUUGUUGACUAGUCUGUAUGCAGAUCAGUUUAGUGGGCGGAAAUAUUUCUCUGUUGGUGAAAAAGCCAUGCAGUUUAUGUUGCACGCACCUAAAGGUAACUAUGACUCUUUCUAACUGGACCAAGUUUUAGCAGAGUUUUCCUAAGGAGCAGGAAUCAAAUCUAGACUACACCAGGUUAUAGAAGGAAGACUUUGAUACACCAUAUAAAUGAGAUACGACAGUGAGUUUUUGUUCAUAUUUUUUGCCUGACUAAUAUUUUUUCACAGAUUUUCAGGGGCAACUCACACCGGGAUGAAAUAGUGCAACACGUUCUGUUGGAAGUGGCAAGGGCUCGGAUCGUUCGGUUACAGCCAAUUGACUAUCAUAUUCACAAAGCACUUAGAGUAGAACUGUAUGGGAUAAAAAUACCAGCAGGUACAUAAAGUUUCCAUGUUAACCGUUUGAUCUUAAGACGGGAACUUUUGAUUUAAAACUGAACCGAAACGAAACCACUCGGCUAAGCUCCGUGGAUUCACUUCAAUUUCAAUCAUUGUUUACGUCAUUUCUAUGAUAUCUGGAGAAUAAUGCAUGGGUGCAUGUAUAGGUAUGGAAUUUCUCUUCGAGUGUUCGACUCGACAGCUCGCGAAUGAGAGUAGCGAAUCGAACGAGUAAGAUUUCGAGUUAAACACGAGAAGAGAAAUUCCAUAUCUACAAGCAGCUAUGUAUUUAUUACAUAAACAAAUUAGGUCUUUACUGACAAGAAAAGUCGACUUCAUUAAUGAAUGAAAAAAUAAAAUCCAUUAUCUGCGAAAAAUAAUCAUUAAAUGCGUCGGCGAUAAGCUAGCUUAAAAUAAAAAAUAUACGUGAUUUAGAAAUAGCAAAUUAAGUAAUCAAAUUUUUAUCAACAACCUUGAUUUCUUUGGAAAUGAUUUAUCUAAGUUUUAUAGUUUUUAAUGAAGUUUGUCUCUGAGAGCAAGUGAUUUACUGUACAUUGAUUGGUUUUCCAUUUCCUCGAAAUAUCCUAUCUAAACAACUGAGGAGCUGUUUCUGUGAUUUAUCUCCACCAUUUCUUACUGACUUCAGUUGAGAAAUGAAGCUGCAAAUGUUUUUUUUUUAAUUUAUUUCCUCUAAAUAGUGUGAUGAAGGGUUAGUUAUGACUCGUUCGGUUUUGUUUGACUCUUGUCUUUAAUUUGAAGCCGUUCAGCGCAACAAACUAUCAUUCAGUCAGCAUAUAAAACAGUUUGGUAUGGACCAUAGAAUGUAUUUAUUACAGCUUUUUAGUUAUCACAGUCGCAUGAAGCAGGUUACCACCGACGCUAAGAUAACACCGAAGUCAUCUUUUCUACAGGUGCUCCUUUUCAUCCUGUUAUUGAAAGCGAAGAGAGGGAAAUCUCAUUUCCUGAUUCCUCCAUAAAAUGGAGUUCUCCUGAUACCAACAGCUGUCCAGUUACUAUGUACACAGUGUACUAUAAAGCCAUUGUCAAAUCGCAAAAUGAAGAUAAUUUCUGGUAUCAUAUCAAUACAUCAUCGGGUGCAAACGAGCUGAGAGACCUUCCGCUUGACUGUGACGAAGAAUAUGAAUUUAAAGUGUCCGCAUGGAAUGAGGUGGGAGAAAGUCAGCGAUCAGAUCCUUGGCGUGUGAAAUCUAUUUUAGGUAUUUCUAUCAGUCUUCCUGUAUCUACUUUUUCUGAAAUAAUACAACAUCGAUUGUCAUUGGUUGUAGGAAUCGCUGUGUGAAAACAAAACUUUUUCAGUGAAACAAGACGGCUCGAUGUUACAGAUCAAGAUGGUGAUUCGCACGACUUUGCUGCGUACCAAUCUCUUUUUGUAAAUGACGCUCUUUUGUGUUAUUGUUACCUUACGUGUCUCAUCCUCUGUAACUCGCAACUCGAGAUUAAUCCCCUCUUUUUAUUCUGUUUUCUGCCUUUUUUUUCCUCUUAAGGGUACCCAGUAAUUCUCAACCGAACUAAAGAAGUGAAAGGGAGUCUUGUGGCGGUCCGCUGGAAGACGUGUUCUGCUUUUUUAUUCACUAUCUACCACAGAGAAAUACUUUCAGAAGGUAAAGGCCAUUGGAACGCUGCGAACGUGUCGGGAAAUGAAACGAGCUAUGAUUUACACCUUCUUUGCCAGAGGGAGUAUGAAGUAGCUGUAACAGCCUGGAAUUCUACGGCAGAUACGCCACUGAUUUCAUUAUUAAACCAUAACAAAUUGUGGAGAGUGAGAACAUUGGGAGGUAAUAGUACAAAUUUGAAUUAAAAAAUCGCGUGUUAGACGAGAAGUUAAGGAACAAAAUAUUAUUCGUAUAUAGCUAAUGAGCUUGGGGAAUCAUAAGCUUUCUUGUUUCAGUGCCAAUUGUCUUCGUAUGUGCAAAUAUACCUUUAAUCUGGUUGUUUACAUUACAGAGUAAGGUCAGAUACUAUUAAAGGCUUAUCACUACACGAAACCGGCGUGGUAGAUUCUUAAUCACAAAAAAGUCAACAAAACUGUUGGUCAGUUUCUCAGUUCUUGUUUUUUCAAAGCUUUCUCGCUCGUUUUUGCUUCAGAUAAACCUUCAGCUCCGAUUAUACAGAGCGAAGGAGUUCAGUUGCCGGGAUGUGAUGUGAAUCUCAAAUGGAAUUCUCCACCAGACAACGGCUGUCCACUGACCUUGUACACAGUAUACUACAGUGAGGACCAAUUUACAAACAAAGAUAAGUCCUGGCAUCAAAUCAAUGUCACCGUGGAUAAAACUUCAAUGGAUCUUCGGUCGCUAAAGUGUAACACUGAAUACCUUUUUAAAGUGUCUGCUUGGAAUGAACUGGGAGAAGGUGAUGUCUCAAAUAAACGGUCGAUAAAAACUGGGCUUCUGACUGAUUAUUCUAUCGGACGAAUACUCAGCAUUGCUGUACCAGUUGGAUGUGGCUUCCUUAUUAUCAUUACUAUGGGAAUCCUUUGUGUCAGAAAGGGAAAAAAGAAAGCAAUGCGAGGCCACGCGAAAGGAAGGUUGGGCAUAAUGUAAUUUUACAAAAUAAUUAUCAAGCUGACACAGUCCCAGCUUUCUGAAUGCUAAUAUAUUUCUGCUAUAUUAAACAUUUUUUCACCUUUUCAUUACACUCAAAGUAUUUGAAGCAAGAAUCAAAAUUUUGCCUACACUGAUGUAAAUAUGAAUUUUCUAGUGCUUAGUCACAAGUGAAACAAGUCUUCAUUAGUCGCUUCGAGCGUAUGUGAUAACUUAAUAAACAAGAGAGAAGAGCCUCAGACUCUUUCAUGUUUCAUUAGAUCGAAGUCAGACAUUGUUCACCUGCUGUUAAAAGAGAUUCCCCUGGAACGUAUAACAAUUAUGGAAGAGCUGGGUAGAGGAGAAUUUGGAAAAGUACAUAAAGCAAUCCUAAAAGAAAUGCCGAAGGUUGAAGUGUUUUUCAAGGCUAAAGAGGAAAGAAUUGAUAUCAACGAAGAAAGAAUGGUCGCUGUCAAACUCCUCCAUGGUUAGUACACUUCGAUGUAUUUACUUUUUUCAAUGAGAGAGCAAAAAUUUGGUUUGCACGCUGGUUUGACGAAACUAUCAUGAUGAAAACAACAUUAAAAGCAGAGUUCGAUGAAUAUAUAAUCGAUUUCAGCCAUUCAUUAGUUAGGGCUUAGGAAGCUAGCAAGGUGUUAACCCUUUUACUACCAAGAUCUCAUUAAUAAUUCUCUCUAUUGUCUGUCAUAAAAUACUUAUGGUUUCAAUUUGGAGAAUUUGGUAUUGGAUCAACUCGUAAUCCCCUAAUUGAGUUUUCCUCUUUAUUCUCCUUACUUUUCUGCUGAUUCGGUGUUGAUAUUGUGAGGAGAAAUUCUGUCUUGGUCACUCAUGGGAGUUAAAGGGUUAAAUUACUGAACGCUAUUUCCGUUGAAUUAAUCGAGUAUCAACCACGCCUAGGAUAAGCAUGUGUUUCCUUUUCUUGUUAUUCCUACUGUUCACAAACAGAAUCAUCAAGCUUUAACCGCACAUAUGGGAAAUAUCGAGAAGCACAUAGAGAAGAUGAAGCGAUUCGCAAUUUCUCUAAAGAAAGAUUUUCUUAUGAUUAAAUUCUGCGGGAACAUUGAUACCACAGUAUUGGAACAAGCAUAGCUACGCUGAAAAUUAAGGGCGCGUUAUCGCAGUUAUCGCCUCCUCGACUUCCUCAUUCCGGUUAAACUGCUGAAACGACUGAGACCACUCUCCGCGAUAAAUGGGCAAAGAUAGCCUUUAGUUAAAUAAACUAACGAGAUGGUUUUCUCUGUUUUAUUAUAUCCCCUUUUAGAAAGAGCUGGUACAGAGGAGAAGGACCAGUUUCACAGAGAAAUUUCGUUGAUGCAGCGAAUUGGUAGUCACAGGAAUGUGCUGAGCAUGAUUGGGUACUGGGACAGGUCAGAACCUAUAAUGCUGAUCAUGGAGUAUGUUCCACAUGGAGAUCUUCUUCAGUGGCUGAGAAAAAGAAGACAACAGGUAAAACUGUUCUGCAGAUUCAGAAGUAGGGUGUAGAAAACUACUGAUCAAAGUCGGCUUCGUUUGGAAUGUGCUAAUGCCAAUUUAUCAGCAAAGGGUUUUAGCGGAUACCCAUGUCAUUUUGAUACAAUUCAUUUUCCCCGACAUAGAGCUCAAAACAAAAGAAAACGCAUUAAUUACCUGUGAUUGGAAGGGUUAAAACUAAAAAAGUCACACCUUCUUUUGCUUUUAUGCUCUCAAAACUGAUAAAUCAGAGAUUGUCGUAACAACAUAGUUUAUUGCUUUCAGGUCAAUUGCAAAAAUGGCAUUAAUGAUACUAUUUUUGAAGCUAUGGCCAAUUCUUCAGAUAGCACUGUGAGUUCAAAUGAAGUUGUCUCAGCUGUCAAGACAGAAGACGAAGACUUUCAUGUUGAUAACGAUACUGCCGAGGAAGUCUCAAAAGUGGACGUACUAACUGAAGUUACCGAUGAGCAGGAUUUUAUCAUCACGUCGGAUAUUUCUAUUAAUGUGGAAGAACAGCUAUUUACCGAGUUGAAAAGAAGAGGUGAAAGCUUAUCUGAAUCUAAUACUUCCCAAACUGAUUUUCCUUCUGGGCAGGGAGGAGGGCAAAUACUCCAGAGCGAACAGUUCGAUGAACAGUGUUGCCUGGACAAGAUUUUGCCUACUGAAAAACCAAUCACCACACCCCAAGAGAACAUGGGUGAACAACAGGAAACAAAUAAUGAUGGUGAACAAACGGUUGACUUCACCGUUGAAGAUGUACUUUGUUUUGCAUGGCAGAUAGCAGAAGGAAUGGUAAGUACUUGAAUUAAUUAGAAAAUAUCUUAUAUCAAAAGGAGUCUAGAAGAUAAACUCGCCUCUCUAUUAUUCCUGCUUCGAGAGCCGAAUGCCGUUAACAAAAAAUUACGUACGAUUACCUGAGGAAAAAUAAUAAAAACGUGGAAGAGAAGUCAGUUAAAUAAAGUGACAAUUCUUCUUUGAACGACACCAACAAUACGAGAAACAAUCAAUGAUGAAACAAACCUUUGAGCAGAAAAUCAUCAAUUGAUCAAUAGAUAAUGCUGUCGUAACAGUGUACUUUACUCAGCCAUUAUGUGUUGUGAAGUGACAUUCUUGUUUUUUGCUGAUUCAUGCAGUUUUUAAAUUGUUUUCAUUUAUGGCUAUGUUUCGCUUACCUUGAGAAUGUAACGACUUUCAGCUAUCCGUGCGCGUGCGUGCCAUAAGUUCGAUACAGGUGGCCAUGUUUAGCAAUAGCAUAUGUGGUGUUGACUGAGCUUCCGAGACAAUUUCCUCUGACCAAAAUAUCGAGACUGGCAACAUAAUUUGUUUCUGAGGUUCUCGUCCACAGGAGCUUGAUUUAAGCCGUUAUAUUACAAACAUUUGACUUUGUAAAUCACCUCAAUUCUUUUCCGUCUUGUUACCUGUUUUGAGAUAAGUGAAGGUUAUGGCCCCCAUUUGUAUUUCGACGAAAAGAUGGGCACGACUAAGUAAGGAAAAAGGAGGCGCAAGGAAUUCCUUCCUCCAACCACACUUUAUAAGGUUGCCUUCCUUGUCAACUGUGUCAAAACUCUCUUUGACCGUGAUGCGCAAAAAAAAAAAAAAGGAAAGGAUGGAAUGAUGCACGGGGCGCCAGGUUUAAUUUUUGUUUUCCUUGAAACAGGAGUACUUGGCUGGCAAGGGAUUUGUUCAUCGUGAUCUGGCCGCUCGUAACAUCCUUCUUGGUGAGAACAGAGCUGUGAAAAUUGCUGACUUUGGCCUGUUACGGCACACGUAUGGAGACAUAUAUGAAGUCACGAAAACGAAGAAACUGCCUACCAAAUGGAUAGCGCCUGAGUCUCUAGAAAGCGCAGUAUACACUUCUAAAAGUGAUGUGUGAGUAUAUGUACUUAUCCAUUGAGCUAAUUUUUUCUUGUCCCUUAUUUCGUCAUGCUUCAUUCUGAGUUCUUAAAAGUCUAUCAAAGAAAAUUGGAAAAAUUAUCUUGCAACUGUAAACAUUCGAACUUGAAGAUCAAAAUUCCUCUCUCUACAAAAUUAUUGGCCUCAAUCAUACAUAUCAUUGGCGUACAGUUCAGCAUUAUGAUAAGCUGCAUAUUCCCUACAAGCAACAUACAACUAAACUAUUAUUAGAAUAUGGCUACGAUUAGUUGAUUGACAAGGAAUACGUACCAGACUGACAAAGCAUUCAAAAUAACUUAAACUUAUCAUUUUUUUGUUUCUUUUUCCUUAGGUGGUCUUUUGGUAUACUUCUGUGGGAAUUGUGCACAAUGGGUGAGUAAUGACUGAUCCACCACAGCAGUGGUUUGAUCUCCGCCUGUCAUUAUAGAUAGCAAACAGUCUGCAUUUCAAUGAAAGAAAGAUGCGUCAGCUUAGUAAUGCUAAGUUACUACUAAUUUCCCUAUUCUUUAUUGCUUCAAAAAUAGCCUUGUAAGCGCGAGUAAAAGCCAGAUCUAAAAUAACAGAACAAUUACUCUUGGCACUUUUCAUCUCAACGGAUAAAACCCAUCUGUAGCAGACCUAAAAGGCAGGAUCCGAAGUAGUUUUCAGACGCCGAGAGAGGCUCCUACCUUGUAGUGCAUGUUGUUUUGUUUGUUUGUGUUUUUUCAGUUUUUAAUCCGUUACAGCUGCUAAAGAUCAUUUUGCCUACUUCAAUUAAGUGUCUUACAAAAGGGGGAUUGAGACAGUACUUAAAUCAAUAACUACCUUUCAAUACGGGAGACGUUAGAUUGUGUUGUUCUGAUAUUUUAUGUCUAAAACAGAGGGAGUUUAAAGGGAGGCUUUCAGUAACUGAAUGCUGAGGAACAGGUCACUUGUUAUUUGUCACCCCCCUGAAACACAAAACUUCAACUUAUUCUGGUUUUGAUAAAAAUGAUCUUAACUACAAUUUUUUCCGUCUUCUAAUCUAACCUGUUUUUAAGGUGGCAUCCCCUACCCUGGAAUAACCAACAGAGAGAUGUACAAACUGCUUAAGUCAGGAUAUCGAAUGGAAAAGCCAGCAAUAUGUUCUGAUGAGCUGUACGUUCAACAGUACUUCUCACUUGUUUAAGGUUACUGUUGCAUCAACAAAAUAGGGUGCCUUCCGGAAAAUCCUCCUUCGCGCGCUACUUUUAUAGAAACCAUAGCAAACUCUAUAUCGCUGUAAAGCUUAUAAAAUACAGAUUAUGGAAACAACAAAAAUUUUCACAGUUCUUGUUUUGGUAGUUGUGCGAGCCUUCUAACACAACACUGAGGGUGUUUGCUUUACUGAAUUAUCAGCCUUUGUGUUACCGCGGACCUCGAAACAAACUGGACAGUAUCAGAUAAUAGUGUGUGGGGCUUUUCAGAUAAUCCUACUAGAUCCUGAGAAAAUCUUCUCUGAAGUUGGACCUCAGAAAUUAUUCUGGUUGUUGUCACUCUUCGGGACAUAAGGAGAGAAAUAUUUCGAAUUUCGUCGAGGCCUCACACAGUUUUGCACGCUAAUACCUGAUGAACAUUUUGGCAAAAUUCAUGAAAAUCCAACAAAUCUACAUACCCUGAUAAUUCGUUUAAGUCGAGGUAACUCCCGUAAAAACAAACUGAGGUUUUGGCCUCCAAAGAAAUUCACAGUUUCGCUCUUCACUUAAGCGCGUGUAAGUGCGGUCUUGCCCCCUACCUAUAAAACACAACAUUGAACCCCCCUGAAAGUCUCAUGACAAAGACCUCCUUUGAAAUUCGCGGGAAAAGUCAUUUCGCGAACGAGGAAUAGGAAUUGAACGAAAUCCAAAAUUCAUCAGGAAAAGCAGGAGGAAAAGUGGGCAAAGCAAGCUAGGGGAAAAGGAAAACUUAAUUUCAUGCAAAUCAUGAUCCUAGACGAAGGUCCGCGGCAAACGUCAACAAUCUGAUUCUGACACCUUUCACUCUUUUGUACAGGUUUCCCUAAAAAGAUCUUUCAGUCGUAUCUCGCGUUCUUUUUAAGAGUUUACAUUUAUUACGGCAAAUUACAUCUAAAUAAUUUCUCUACCUAAAAAAGCGAAAGUUUGUAAAAUUUUGACCAGAUUUUGUUGAUAGUGACCUUAGAUAAUUGACGUAUCUAUAAUUUUAUUCUAAAGUAACAAACCAAGAAACGUUCUUCUUAGCUAUUUCCACUGAUUUAAUUCUCUUUAAGGUUAUUUGUGAGGUCUUAAUAAAAUGUUCAAUUCAGCAUCAGUGAUACUAAUAUAGACACUGUUAUUUUAGUCAGGUUUUAUGAGAAGUGAGAUAGUUAUACUUAGGGAGUGAGAGGCCAAAUUCUAUGCAUGAAACUGAAAGCUCUUUCAAUUAGAAUUCUUCAUUUCUUCAAUAUAUGCUUCGUCCCUCGUAUCUUAUUUAAUCACAUAACAGAGUACCAUGAUCGGGAUAAAAAAAGAACUAGAUAGCGAACAAUCUUUUUUUUGUGAUAUCGUAAUUAUUUUGACAACGAUGUGGCCAAAACGUACAAAAAGAUGUAGACCUAAUAAGUGUCUUGAACGGUAAAUUAAAAAUUAUUUAUACUGAACUAGGUAGCGGGUAAUUCUUUAUGAUAUCAUCGUCAUCGUAGUAACGAUCUGGCCAAAAUGCCGGUACAAGAUAUGGAUCUUAUCAGGUUUGUUUUAGAGUAUGUAUUUAGUGAAAGCGCUCUGACCCUAUACAUCGUUUUAGGGCCAGAGGCGAACUUAAAUUGAUUGCAAUUUUCUACCUGCAGUUUAGUUACAAGUUUCUUGACGAACAGUCAACAAGACAAUGCAGAUGUCACUAAGGAACUAAUCCCUCCAACAUUGAUCAGAAUACUUUAUAUCUAAUCAGAUACCAGUUGAUGUUAGACUGUUGGAAGGCAGACCCAGAGGAGAGACCAUCAUUUAAACAGCUGGUAACAAGAAUGGAAGAAAUGAUGACGAGGGACUCUCCUUACUUUGAUCCGAAUAAAGACUUAUGA